AUCAACAUCCGAAUACGACUUCUAAUUAUUAUUGUAAAGAGUUGAGUUUGCAUGCAUUUUAUGGUGAUGGUUAAAAAAGAAAAAAAUUCAACAAAAUGUAAACGUCAUACUUUUUGACAGAUGGUUUUGGGUAACGAAACAAAUGUACACGAAGCAAAUGUACAUGUCAUAUGAUUUUAAAAAAAAAAAAGCAAAUGUACAUGUCAUAUAAUUUUUGACAGAUGUUUUUGGGUAAAGAAACAAAUGUACACGAUCAUACUUUAUGACAGAUGUUUUUGAAUGUUUACAAAAUAAACGAUUAUAAAUUUGGACAAGUUUGUAUCAAGCAUUUCAUCUCACGGUUUACUUUCUUCGUCAACUUCCCUUUGGACAUCUGUAGAGUUAUGGAAGAGCUAAGGCUAUUGGAGAAGUUGCAACCAUGCGGUGACCUCGACAUUGAUUCGAAACUCGGCCUCGUCUCUGAUUUCGUACCGAAAAUAUCUGGACCUUUCCUCGAGGAGAUAUCUAGGUCAAUUCAGCGAGACGACGGUGAAGCUAAGCCAGCAAACACAAGCUCAGCAAAGUCCCAAAAGAGUCAUGUGAACAAGGUUGAUCCUGACGCGUCACAGAAACAUGAAGAACUCUCGGCAAUGGUCGGGCUCGAUGCAAUGAAAAGAGCAAACUCUACACUUGAGGAUUUCUCAAGGUCUUACUUCGUGUUCCAUCAGCUGGAAAUUAGCCAACCACAGUCAAUGUUCAGAUAUUUACCCAUACUUUCAUUCACUGAGAGUUACAUAUAUCAGGUUGAUGUUGCUAAUGAGAAGAUGGUCACUGAAUCAGCUGGUGGAUCCCAAGUCAUUUGUUCAAACCAUGGAUCACGAGUUCUGUUUGAAACUGAUCCAUUGAAGCCGCUCGCAGAUGUGCUUGAACGUGAGGGCGUGUUGACGCAAAGAAUACGACAAGAGUUUAACUCGGGCAAAGAGUAUUGGGCGUUAGAAAGACAGCUUUGUGGUGCUCUUUCAAACAAAAACAAGAUCUGUCUCGAGGAUGUGAUGAGAGCAAUUCAGUUGAAGUCUUUUGAUUACCGGGUGUUGAAUCUUCUACUAUACAAGCUGAGAGGAGAAGAGGUGAAUGAGUUGCAUAUGGACUUCUUGUCAGUUUCAGUGUUCCUCGUUGAAAUAGCUGAUGAUCUGCUCGAUUACGAGGACGAUGUGCUCCAAAACAGUUUCAAUGUACUACGAAUGUUUGUGGGAAUAUUCGGCCCUUUGAAUGCACCCACUGAGCUGGCGAAGCAGAUAUCGGAAGCUGAAGAGAAGUUCGAAGAGCUUAUGAAAUCCCUGGAUCCACAUUUGUCUUCAAGUUACAACAAAAGAUGUGAAGGAGCUACUCAAGAAGGAUGGGGAACCAACGAAGGGAUGAUCAUAUCAAUCUUGGCUCACAGAAAUGCGACGCAGCGCAGCUUCAUCCGCUCUGUUUAUGCUGCUAACCACAAUAAGGAUCUUCUCACCGAGUUAGACCGAGAACUAUCCGGUGACUUUGAGAGAGCUGUGAUGCUGUGGACUCGUGAGCCAACGGAGAGAGAUGCUUAUUUGGCCAAAGAAUCUACCAAAAUGUUCACCAAAAACAACUGGGUUCUUGUUGAAAUCGCUUGUACUAGGCCUCCCCUUGAGUUUUUCAAGGCCAAGCAAGCAUACCAAGCUCGCUACAAGACCUCUCUCGAGGAGGAUGUCGCUCACCACACAUCUGGAGAUAUCCGAAAGCUGCUGGUUCCUCUUGUGAGCACCUUCAGGUACGAUGGGAAUGCUGAUGAGGUCAACGUGAAGCUGGCUAGUUCCGAAGCAAAGACGCUUCACAAGAAGAUCACUGAGAAGGCUUACAGUGACGAGGAGCUCAUCAGAAUCUUGACAACAAGGAGCAAGGCUCAGAUCGUGGCAACGCUCAAUCACUUCAAGGACAAGUUUGGGAGUUCCGUCAACAAGUACUUGAAGGAAGAAGAUUCGGAAGAUGAAUAUUUGCAGUUACUCAAAACCGUGAUCAAGUGCCUGACGUGUCCAGAGAAGUACUUUGAGAAGGUUCUGCGUCGAGCCAUCAACAAGGUGGGAACAGACGAGUGGGCACUCACUAGAGUGGUCACUACACGAGCAGAGGUCGACAUGGAGCGGAUCAAAGAGGAAUACUUGCGCAGGAACAGCGUUCCUCUUGACCGGGCCAUUGCUAAAGACACUUCUGGUGACUACAAGGACAUGCUUCUCGCCCUUCUCGGUCAUGGCCAUGCUUGA